AUGGGUCCACGUGGAGCAAAGCACACAACCAUGUCAGACAAGAUACGUAUUGCACUGUGUCAACACAAGGAGAAGAAUCCGAAGCUGACACACGAGGAGCUUAUCAAGUGGAUAGAAGAAAACCAUCAGAUUACUGUCAGUGGAAGUACAAUCACCAACACACUCAAGCGUUCUGUUGAGCUCCUCGAUAACUUUGAAGAUGCGAACCUGGACACCAAGCGCCAGAGGACAGUCAGGUAUCCGAACAUGGAAUCGGCCCUUUUUGAGUGGCUCACGACAUAUCAAGACCAGGUCAAUAUGUCUGGAGAUCUCCUCAAAAAGACUGUGGCCCAUUUUCUUGACCGAACGCCAUGGAAUUCGCUCUUUCCGUCGCUUUGGGGAGAGUGGCUUCGUUGA